AUGGCGCUCAAGGCGAGGGCUUUAUACGACUUCAAUUCCGAAAACCCCGGUGAGAUAUCAGUGAAAGAAAAUGAAAUAGUGAGUCUGUACAGCGAACAGGACAUCGAAGGAUGGCUAGAAGGGUCCAACAGCAAAGGCGAGAGAGGACUCUUCCCCGCGUCCUACGUCGAGAUCCUGAAGAACGAUACUGCGUCCACGUUUAACAACAACAGCACAUCUGGAUCCCGAUACGCCAAUAUUCCAACCGGAGGCUUCGGGGACACCUCCUCUUAUAAAAUCCAGAAUCAAACUGACAACUUGUCCAAAACAUCAGCAACAUCGCCCGGGUUUACAGCGUUCUCCCCGCCUGCCCCAGCACCGCAGCAGCAGCACAUUUAUCAAGCCAGCCAGGGCAGCGACGAAGACUGGGACGAUGACUGGGAUGACAGCUCGACAGUGGCGGACGAGCCCGGGGUUGUUGGGGGUAGUUACCAAGGGGACUUCGAUGGCAACGGACCGUCUACAUACAGAGUGUCAACGUCUACGUCCAGAGGUGGCAACGCUCAACAAGCCAAGAGCUCUGCAACGGUCAGUAGAAACCUCAAUAGGUUUUCAACAUUUGUGAAAUCGGGUGGGGAAGCGUUCGUGUUGGGUGAGGCAGCUGGGUUUGUGAAAGACGGGGAUAAGAUCUGUGUUGUAACAGGACAGUACGGCCCAGAAUGGCAGGAAAACCCGUACCCCUUCGCCUGUACCAUCGACGACCCCACCAAGCAGACCAAGUUCAAAGGAAUGAAGAGUUACAUUGCCUACAAGCUGACGCCCACCCACACACAGACGCAGGUAAACAGGAGGUAUAAACACUUUGACUGGCUCUAUGCCCGGCUGGUGGAGAAGUUCCCUGUCAUCUCGGUGCCCCACAUCCCAGAGAAGCAGGCGGCGGGGCGGUUUGAGGAGGACUUCAUCUCUAAACGGAGGAAGGGGUUGAUAUGGUGGAUGAAUCACAUGACCAGCCACCCGGUCCUGUCCAAGUGUGAUGUCUUUCAACACUUCCUCACCUGCAACAGGUAGGCCUCUCUCCCCUCCUUGUUUCUUUGCUCUGUAAAGCUAUCCUGAGUGCCACUCAGUUUUUUGCUCUCUCGCCAACUCAUUUUACAUUUGAGUAAUUUAGCAGACGCUCUUAUCCAGAGCGACUUACAGUUAGUUAUUACAAAAAAUAAAAUAAUGUCAUACUCCUUUAUAGAAUUGUAAUGUUUGGCUUGAUAAUGACAGCAAUGGAGUUAGCAUGAGAGCACAAACAGACUGGCCCUCAGGCUAUUGUAAAGCGUCUUUGGGUCAUUGAAAAGCGCUAGCCUGGGGAUGGUCUGGUGGUAACUGCUGCUGCCUUCGGAGCAGACGCGUAGGCUUGGCCUGUGUUGGUAUGGGUUUGAAUCUGGCCCACGCCAACCGUGUCCCUUCUUACUUUCCUGUCACUCUUCACUGUCUCUGUGAAACAAAAUAAAAUGCUAUGUAAAACCUAUGUAUUAUUAUUAUUAUUUUCAACAGUACAGAUGAGAAGUCAUGGAAGCAGGGGAAGAGGAAAGCGGAGAAGGAUGAGAUGGUGGGGGCCAACUUCUUCCUCACUAUCUCCUCCCCCUCCGGACCCCCCCCGGACCUGGUCGAGGUCGAGUCCAAGAUCGACGGCUUCAAAGCUUUCACCAAGAAAAUGGACGACAGCGUGGUCCAAGUCAAUGCCACCACCAACGAGUUCGCCCGGAAACAGAUCACAGGCUUUAAGAAGGAGUACCAGAAAGUGGGCCAGGCGUUUAAAGUCCUGGGGCAGGCGUUUGAGCUGGACCAGCAGGCGUACUCGGUGGGGUUGAACCAGGCGAUAACGUACACCGGAGAGGCAUACGAUGCUAUCGGAGACUACUUUGCAGAGCAGCCGAGACAUGAUGUGGACCCGUUAAUGGAUUUGUUACAGCUGUACCAGGGACAUCUGGCCAACUACCCUGAUAUCAUCCACGUACAGAAA